AUGCGUCUCUCCCUUCUUCACGCCCGCUCCUUCUCCAGCCGGCCAGGCAGUUCGCCUCGGCUCAAGGCGGCUCUCUCUCUCGACCAUCUGCUUCCUCUUGACCAGUUCAUACAACGUGGGCGCGUCUUGUCGCUCUAUCGCACCAUCCUGCGCGACACCCGGCGCAUCCCAGACAAACGGACCCGAAAGGAGACGGUGGGCUUCGCGAGGGCGGAAUUCGAGAGUCACAAGAAUGUGACGGACCUACAACGCCAAAAACUCACCUUGCAGUGCUCGCAUCGCUUCUUCACCGAGCUAUGCACCUUCAUACCCCGAACCUGCUCAAACACGCCCACGCUCACGGCCGCCGGCUUCACCGACGCCAAGGAGGCGGGCAUCAUCGCCCUCUGCGCGAGACCAAACGCCUGGCGAGGCGCCGCCAUCGUCGCCCUCGUCGCCGCGAGGGAGAGGGCGCCAAACGUUCGGAUGAGGGAGGAGCUCAUGUUUUUGGGGGUUUUUCGUCGCAAAGCAAAAGGUUCGAGAGGCGUACAGGAGGUCGCGGUGAUUUCGUUUUGGGCGUUUUCUCGAAUCUUCCGGAUGGAGAGGGAGGGCGGAAAUGGUGGAAAAUCGCGCGGCCGUACGGGUGCCUCGUGGGUGAAUGUCGUCUUCGUGAGGUGA